GGCACAAAACCCAGCAAGACUCUGUCUUGUGUACUUGUGGCUUCUGCUUGUCCCUCCCACACCAACCCUCCGGGAUAUAGUUCUCCACUCUGACUGAGUUCCUGCCUCUGGUCACUGCUGCACAGGGAAGCCAAGACUUCACACUGAUUCACUGCAAGCUCGGGCCCAGGUCCUCCCCUGGCUCCUGAGUGUAGGUGCAAGUCCCAGGAAGGGCACAGUCUCAAGACCUGGCCCAUAGCAGACCUAACAAUAGCAUUCCAGGCUUUACCUCAUUAAAGCUUCUAGCACUCUCCUUGGUCCCAGAUCUGUAUCUGUCUGGAUCCUGGUGUCUCGGUUUCCGUUCAGACAGCUCCAGAGGCCUUGUGUUUGUUCAAGCGUAACAAUGAUAUACGAAAAUCUCCAGAACUCAGGGAGCGAGGAGAAAACCCAAGAGCCUGGUAAAGCAGCUCUUUCCCAGUCCUUCCUGUGGCGCAUCCUCUCUUGGACCCACCUCCUCGUGUUCUCCCUGGGCCUUGGCCUCCUGCUGCUGGUGGUCGUCUCUGUGAUUGGAUCCCAAAAUUCCCAGUUAAGGAGGGACCUAGGCACCCUGAGAGCCAGUUUAGACAACAUCACCUCCAAGAUAAAGGCUGAAUUCCAGUCCCUGGACUCCAGGGCUGACAGCUUUGAAAAAGGGAUCAGUUCUCUGAAAGUGGAUGUAGAGGAUCACAGGAAGGAACUGCAGGCAGGCCGAGACUUGAGCCAGAAGGUGACUUCUCUGGAGAGCACAGUGGAGAAGAGGGAGCAGGCUCUCAAAACAGAUCUGUCUGAUUUAACCGACCGUGUGCAACAGCUGAGGAAGGACUUGAAGACCCUGACGUGCCAGCUGGCCAACCUCAAGAACAACGACUCGGAAGUGGCCUGCUGCCCGCUUCACUGGACGGAGCAUGAAGGCAGCUGCUAUUGGUUCUCUGAGUCUGGGAAGUCGUGGCCUGAAGCUGACAAGUACUGCCGGCUAGAAAAUUCUCACCUGGUGGUGGUCAACUCCCUGGAGGAGCAGAAUUUUCUACAGAAUCGCUUAGCCAAUGUGGUUAGUUGGAUCGGACUAACGGACCAAAAUGGGCCCUGGAGAUGGGUGGAUGGGACCGACUUUGAGAAAGGUUUUAAGAACUGGGCCUCACUGCAGCCAGAUAACUGGUAUGGACACGGACUGGGAGGAGGCGAGGACUGUGCCCAUAUCACUACAGGUGGUCCCUGGAAUGAUGAUGCCUGCCAGAGAACCUACCGCUGGAUCUGUGAAAUGAAGCUGGCCAAGGAGAGCUAGGAGCUCUCGCCAAGUAAUUUAUUUCUUCAGUGGUUUCAGCUGCUCAAGCCUGAAGUUUGGAAUCCUCCUACCCGGUCUCAACAUUACUGGGGACUCCCCCCCACACACCCAAAGAAUUUUAAGGCAAGGAGAAAGGAUUGUGUUUGAGCUGGGUAGUGCGGUGUUUGGAAGAAUAAGGUUGUUGAAAUCUGUGAUAUUUUGUACAGUGUGCAGCUUAUUGUAGGCAACUUUUGAAUGUAACAAAAAUUAAAUACUUUUUGUUGAUUUUGCCCCAUUUUAUUCUUAUCAAAAUUGGGUAAUAAGGUGAAAAACUAUAUAGACCACAGCCUAACAUUUAUCCUCUUUGAGUAAAAGCAAAUUCAAAACAUGAGAGGGUAGCCAGGCAUCCCCAAAAGAUUUACAGAAGUCAAGUUUAU